GCUGGAGGUGGGGGUGGGGGAGGCAGCAGUUCCUGCCAAGAGUUGGCCGGGGUGAGAUGCUCCCUUCCUCAGCCAUGGAGCUGCCUCCUUGAGAAACCCAAGGGCAGGAGGAUCGCCCCUUACCCGGACUUCCAAAUCUCCCCAAGGGGCUCAUUUCAUAGGAUCCCCCCUAGUUCAAGGGGGAGAGGUUCGGGGCACUGGGCUUGGCCCGCCUUGGCCGGGAUCGUGGCAAAGGGGUCCCGCUGCGGCUCCGGGCCAAGGGAACUGCAAGGCGCGAAGGAUGGCAGCAGGGAUGCGCUGCCAGGCCCGGCGUUCUCCAGCGCUCAGGCUGCAGGCCAGAUGGGGCUGCGGCGCGCAAGGCGGAUCCCGGCGGGGGGCGGGCGGGCGAAGGAUCCGGCCCUGGCCCGGGCGGGCCUCUUUCUGGCGGACGGCGAACGAGCGAGCUGGCGGGCGGGCGGAGCAGCGCAGCUCGAGCCUCCGCGAUGCCGCCGCCUUCCUCUCCCGAAAGCGCCUCGCCGCCCUCUCGUCGGUUCCAACCGGUUUGGACCGGCUGCCUGCCGGCCGGCGGCUCCUCAACUGCGGCGGAGCGGCAGGAAGGGAGCCCCGCGGACACUCGCCAGCCAGGCUCCCCAAGGCCGGAGGGCUGGGCCAGGCAGGGCGGGCGCCGGGCGAGCGCGGCCAGGCAGGCACAAACAAAAUGUUCCAUCAGUUAAGAAGAAAGCAGCCUUGAGGACAUGAGGAAGCAGACUGCUCAGAGCCUUAAAUCUGCAACAUAAACAUUUAUGAAUGGUGUUACCUAACCUGGCAACAAAACAUCUGCAGGAAACGAAAAACAAAACUUGGACAACCAAGAGCACAGCAGUUCAACCCUGAGUCACAUCUACUCUCUAUAUGACUAGAGGUGGAAACAAGAUUCUUCUGGGUUCAAGGCAGCUGUUGUGUUCAUCUGCAUGUGAGAUGAACUAGACUGAGGUGGCUUGAGGCAACUGUCACAGGGAGGGCUUGAUAAGCAGACUCUCCUUCACCAAACGCCUCUUCUUGGCUGUGCAGCUCAAAUGCAGUCCAGUCCAAACAGGGAGUUGGAGCACCCCAGGGGGGCAAGUUCUUAAGCCAAACCUGUCUUCUUUGGGAUCCCACUGCAGCUGCGGAGGCAGCCACACAGUCGCGGGAACAGCUGUAGGUAAAUGCAACAUGGCACCCGAGGCUGCCAGAAGCUCCUUUUGGUCUUCUGAAGAAUCAUCUCAGCCCUUCUGAUGUUCCUUGGAAAUCUUUAGGAUUCAUUUGUGCCUUCACCAUCAGGAGAGAUCCUGUUUCUGCACUUCUGGGCCAAGAUAUUUCAGUGGUACAAUUCAGGCAGAAAGCAGGCCAGACUAUCGGGUGGUGAAGCUACUCCUGCAUUUUAGGUCCUUUCCUACAUGUGUGGAUGGAAGGAGAAAAACAUUCUGACUUGGUGUGAUAUGUCCUAGCGUGUUUCCUCUGUGCUUCAGCUAGUUGGAGCAAAAUAAUAUUUUAAGGAAUAAAAGGUCAGCUUUUAAGCAUUCUUACUUUCUUCAGGCUGAAUGUCAUACAUGUUUGAGGAGAGCUCCUCUUCCCUCCCAUUACGGUCUAGAUAUCCCAGUACAAUACACAGCUGUAGUAUUGGGAAGGAAAUUUUGCCCCAGGGCUGAGGAGAACAGCCUUCUCAACCUGCAUCACCUGUCUGGAAAGAAGCACUCAGGUAAAGCAGGUUAUUGAGCCAGAGAGGAGAUUUUGGAAAGAACCAGCUUGGAUUGUUGAAAAUUAGAGUGUUGAGCUUUUGAUGGGGACAGUAAUGUUUGCUGUAAGGACAGGAGUGGCAGGACAACUUAUUUCUAUCUUGCAGCAAGGUUAACUUGCUUUCAAAUUAAUUUAAAGAGUAAUCCAAAGUCUUUCUCCAGGAAUGCAUUUCGUUCACCAAAUGGGACAGUCAGGACUAGGCAUUCAACUCCCUUAAGGAGGAGCAGCUCAGACUUUUAACACAUUUCAAGAAUUUGCAUCAUCCCCUUGGAAGGUCUGUUAAUUUCUAGUUAGCUGCCUCAUGAAGACCUGGAUCUGGGAGUGCAGAAGGGCAAGUUCUCUGGGCAAAAAGAACUUGGCAAAAACUGUGAGGUCAGAAGGGUAAAGUCUUCUUAGAUGUGACCCAGCUCAGUGCCCAGACACAUCCCUGAAUCAAAAUUAGCUGCAGAAAUAUCCAAGAGCUUCAAGCCUUCUGUUUUCUAGUGCGCAGCAUUUCACAAAGAGAUAGAUGGACGGACUCCUCGCCUUGGGUUAAGUAGUGGACAAGGAGGAGAUGGAAGCAAGCAUGACUCUUGCCCUGUUCCCAGGGAUGGUGCUCAAAGGACCACUUUUCUCCUACAAACGAAAGCCUCAUCUGCAAGAAGCAACCCUGGUGGUCCUUCUAGAUCAGGGAUCUCCAACCUUGGCAACUUUAAGCCUGGAGGACCUCAACUCCCAGAAUUCCCCAGCCAGCUAAACUGGGAAUUCUGGGAGUGUAGGUUCUCCAGGCUUAAAGUUGCAAGAUUGGAGAUUCCUGAUCUAGAUGUUCAGAUCUUCACAUUGGCAGCCAAGGAGGGGAGCUGUCCAGGCCUCAAAGCCUGCUCAGCAACCUGCGUGGAAGCUGCAAAGGCCAGGUGGCCCCACGACUUCUAGUUCAUUGAAGAAGAGAGAGAAGAGAGCAAUUUUGUGGCAUCACCUUUAGGGUUGUUCCAGUUGGCUGCUUGUCCAGAGGACAACAAAGCCGCAGCUUGGACAGACCGUAGUCCAGCCAGUGGCUGUGAGAGAAAACGUCUGGGCCUGAAUGCAGCUUUUGACAGCAGUUGGGUGGAAACCAGAAAUUGCUGGCCGUUUGCCUUGGCGCAGGUUCCUAAGGUCUUGUGUCAUCCUCUUCUUCUCAUCCUUGGCCUUCAGUGCAUGUCCAGCAUUGGGUCAGCUGUGUUCUUUUUUCCUAUUUGUUUCUCUUUCUCCCUGCAGGGCUUGGUCGUGACCCCUCAGAUCCCGCUGGAAAAUGGUGUUCCAGAAAUCACCCGAUGGUGGCUGGGGAUGGGUGAUAGUCCUCAGCUCCUUCUUCACCCAGUUCUUGUGUUAUGGGUCGCCCUUGGCAGUUGGGGUGCUCUACAUGGAAUGGCUGGACCUCUUUGGAGAAGGGAAAGGAAAGACCGCCUGGGUCGGAUCCCUGGCCAGCGGAGUGGGGCUGCUCGCAAGUCCCAUCUGCAGCACCUGCGUCUCUGCUUUCGGUGCACGGCCAGUGACCAUCUUCAGUAGCUUCAUGGUUGCAGGAGGCCUGAUGAUAAGCAGCUUUGCUCCCAAUAUCUACUUUCUGUUUUGUUCCUAUGGAAUUAUUGUUGGACUUGGAUGUGGCUUAUUGUAUACGGCCACCGUCACAAUCACAUGCCAAUACUUUGACAAACGUAGAGGCCUCGCACUCGGUCUCAUUUCCACAGGGUCGAGCGUUGGCCUUUUCAUCUAUGCUGCCUUACAGAAAGAGCUGAUUGAACUGUAUGGGUUGGAUGGCUGCCUGCUGAUCAUUGGUGCACUCUCUCUAAAUAUUCUAGCCUGUGGAAGCCUGAUGAGGCCUCUGCCGGUGGCCCAGAAGCCCAAUCCGGAGAAGGUUCCAGAUCAAUACAUCAUUUAUAACAGAAAAGAGAAGUUCUCUCAUGAAGAACACAUCACCAUACCUGAAAAGGCCCAGAGUGAGGGGAAAGGGGAGAAUCAGGUGAUGGGCAGCAACCGCCAAGCGAAUGGACUCCCAGUUCACAGCCAGCUGCUCUCGGCCUCCCCGAGAGAGGCAGACAGCUACCCAAAGAAAGUUGCAGAACAAACUUACCUCUGCAAGCAACUGGCUAAGCAGAAAUGGGGCCUGUAUUUAAAUUACUGGGAGGACACCCUGAGUCUUUUUAAAAACAAAGUCUUUUCUGCCCUGUUCAUUGCCAUCUUCCUUUUCGACGUUGGUGCCUUCCCUCCUUCCUUGCUCAUGGAGGACGUGGCGAGGAGCUCAAAUGUCAUCGAGGGGGACUGCGCCAUCCCUCUGAUCUCCAUCAUCGGCAUUAUGACUGCUGUGGGGAAGUUGGCCCUGGGCGUCCUGGCGGAUAUGGACUGGAUUAACGCUUUGUAUCUCUACAUCCUGACAUUGAUCUUGACGGCGGCAGCCCUGGUCUUAAUCCCCUUCGCCCAAAGCUACAGUGCUCUGGCGAUCCUUUCGGGGGUUUUAGGGUUCCUUGCAGGAAACUGGUCGAUUUUCCCUUAUGUCACAACCCAGAUGGUGGGGAUCGAGAAACUGACCCAUGCCUACGGCAUAUUGAUGUUUUUCGCGGGACUUGGAAACAGCCUUGGACCCCCAAUUGUAGGUUGGUUUUAUGACUGGACCGCUUCUUAUGAUGUGGCUUUCUACGCCAGUGGCCUGUGUGUGCUCUUCGGAGGGCUCCUCCUCCUGGUGGCCGUGCUUCCCUGUUGGCAUGGAACGAACUCUACCAUCGGGCCAAACCCCAAACACUUAUUCCUCCACAGCUGCCUCCAGAGUGUGAAUGGCCGUAUGGAAUAGUUGCUGCUGUUUUUAUACCGAUACUUUUAGUAACUUUUGCAUCUAUUUAUAAAGGUUUUUAAUGAUACUUUUGAUACUUCUUGGAAACACUUGGACCUUUGAGCCAAAACAUCAAGUCCUGGCCAUUGCGGCUAAGUUCUUACAACACAACGGGGCCUUCUGCUUUGCCAUUGCCCAUAAUUAGCAAAAUGCUGCUUGUGCCUAGGAAUGACAAUGCUGGAUUGCAACUGACCAAGAGACUUUUAAGAUGUAGUGAAGCUCAGCUGUUGAGGUGGAGCUGCUCUUGACCUCUCCCUGAUCAGGAGGGUAAGUGUACAAGCCGUGGCAAGUGUGCAAAACGGUUGGAUCUAGAACCGGCAUAUUCAGUCUCCUGAAUGAGGUUCCUCUUCUCACUCACAUUGUAUUGUACUACAGUUUUGCUAUGUAUUUUCUGGUGCAACAAAUGUAUUUUAUAUUCAUUUACAUGUAAUCCUUGUACUUAAUUUUGGCCAAGUCGGCACAAUACUUCUCCCCUCUUCAAGGAAUCUUCAUGUUGUUUGGUAGGGAGAGGCUGCCUCCCACUGAGUGUCAUGAAAGUGAUUGAAGACCCUGUUUUCUUUGAGGAAUCUCUUAGGUUGCCAAAAGAUCCCGUGAUCUAUGAAGUAAACAACAUGACAAGAAUGUAGCAUUUAAUACCAGUGAAGAUGCUGGAUGGCAAAAAAGUUACUGCAUCUUGCAUUAGGAGCUGUUAAAAAUUAUUCAGUUGAAAUCUAUAAAACCAAGGAAUAAAUACAAUUUAUUAAAGAAACCACCAACUACAAAACUGAAAUACUGGUUUUAUUUAUUUUACAAAUUCAAGACAAGA